ACCGACCGUCUGGUUUGGGUUUUAAGGGAACCUUUGGGCAGCGCUUACUUGUUGCCGCCUCUUACUCGCAGGAGCUCCUCGCUCCAAAAGAGCUCAUUCUUUUUACUGCUUCCGUCUUUGCAGCCCCUUCAGAAAACCACACUGAGUUAUAUUAAAAACCAAAAAGCUUUUAGGUGUUUGUAAGUGGCUUCUUAAUCCCUCAUUUUGUCACGUUUAGUCAAGGAGCAGUUAUGCUUAAGGUUUUGUAGAAAAUUCAGUGGGCUUGAGAGCACGUCCUAAGUUCAACUGUCCAAAAGCAGGUGGUUGGUUCGUUUGCAUUUCUGCUUUCAGAAAGGAAAUCAGUGCAGUAUAUUGUUAGAAGUUAGGAGCCUGCCCCACGUCUCUAAACUGUUUGAUUCUAUUUCCUUUCCCGGAUAUUAAGUUUUCUAUUUUAAAAGUCAGAAAAAGCUACUGUAGUCUCUUAUUUAUUAAAGCUUUUGUGGCUUUCUUGUUUAAUUUUAGAUACAAUGGAAAAAUGGGUUAAGUGCUGUGUAAUGUUUUAUUUUAGGAGAAAUCGUAAGUACAAAAGUUUAAAAAGAAUGUGUAUCUAAUGACUGCUUUGUACAGAUUACUGCCUGAAAAUGUUAUCAGAAUAGCUAAUCAUUUCUAGAUAUCAAAGAAACGUCUAUAAUUAGUGGCCUGUCAUUUAUGGUUUUUUCAGUGUAAAGCAGUUAAGAGGUUACCCACACAAUCAGUGUAUUAACAUACAUAGCAUACAUUGCAAGGAAGAGUUCAGAUGCAGGAGAGGACUGAAGUACUCAAACUUAAGAUACUAAGACAUUGAGACGUUAGAAGCAUAUGUACAUAAUGAUUGAAUGCCUAACUACAGUACUAUCAUCCAAAUAGUAUAUAAGUAUCUAAACCUGUUUCCAUGGGGAUAGGUUUGUAAGCUUGCCGUAACAUUUGGACUUAAAGGUACUAUAAAAAAAAAAAAUCUUUCCAAGCCAAAUGGUUUAAAAAAUUUGGUUAAAAACAGAAACAAAAAUGGAAGUUUAAUCUUCAAGGACUAACACAUCUGGUAAUAUUUGCCAUUGUGGUAAGAGUAGAUCUCUUAUAUUAGGCUAGCAUACUAAACAUUUUUGUAAUUUGUUAAAAUACCCAACUGGCUUCCUAGAAAAGCACUGAUCCUCCUCUACGUUUUAUUUGACUUUCAGUUCAGUGUUUAAUGCUAGAGGGAACUGGUCCAAUUGGUGUAUUUCUUCCAUUUCCCUUUUUCUUUUUGGGAGAAGCUCAGGUGUUUCUAUGAAAUGCUUUGACCUCAUAUCCAUUAACUAGUUAGGGUUCCAGUAAAAGGAAAAAAAAAAAAAAAAGGCCAGCACUCCUUUCUGGUGAAGUUGAGGUAGAUCCAUUGUAUGUUCAUGUCCUGCAAUGAUUUAAAAGUUUAAAAUUUUCUAUCAGUAGUAGAAAGUGGUAUGUAAGUAUCUUUACCCUUUUUAUAAGGUUUAUUCUCUCAACUGGCAACAAUAACUUGUCCAGCAUUCCUGCAAAGACCAAUUUUUAAGGAAGAUUUAGAAUAGCACAGUAGUUUUAUGAAACCUAAGUAUUUAAGAGAACAGUUGGCUUUCUUGAUCUCCUUUAGAGGCAUUACUUCUAUGAUCUCCUUUAGAGGCAUUAGAUGACAGCUCUUAUUUCUCGUCAAGUUUUAAGUCUCAGGUCACAACAGUGAAUACUGGAAAGGGAAAGUACCUUUGCAGAGUGACCAAACAAAUGAUUGGGAAAGGAGGCCAAACUUUUUUGGCUAAACUCUUAAAGAUUACAUGUAGUAAUGUACAAAAAUCUUAGGUAUAGCUCAGUGAUUUUUACCAGUGUACACACCUGCAUAACCAUUACCCAGAUCAACAUAUAGAACACUGUCAGCACCCCAAAAGUUCCCCUCGUGCUCUUCCUAUCCACUACCUUCCAGGUUAGAUUUGCCUGUUUUGAACUUUAUGAAGCAUGUUCUUUGUAUUGGGCUUCUUUCCUUUAAUACUGAGAUAUGGUCAUGUUACCUAUAACAUAGUUCUUUCCUUUUUGAAUGCUGUAUAGUAUUUCAUUGUAUAAAUAUACAAGUUAUGUAUCCACUAUUAAUAGACAUUUGGAUUAUUUCUAGUGUCGGAAACAAUAGCUCUGAGCAUUCUCAUGCUGUGUCUUUUUGUGUACAUGCAUUUGCAUUUCUGUUGGAUAUUUACCAAUGUGGAAUUGUUAGGUUAUAGAGUAAGCAACUACAGACAGUUUUCCACGGUGGUUAUACCAGUUUAUUCUCUAAUAGCAUUGUAUGUGAGAAUUUGAAAACUCAUACAUUUUGAUUAACAGUUGUUGACUUAAGCCAUCAACUCUGUUAUCAUGUUUAGAUUUAUUUACUUUAAAUACAAAGUAAUCACUCUAAUGCUUCAACUUCUGUUUUUAGAUAUGGCUCGUGGACAGCAGAAGAUUCAGUCUCAGCAGAAAAAUGCCAAAAAGCAAGCUGGACAAAAGAAGAAACAAGGACAUGACCAAAAGGCUGCUGCCAAAGCUGCCUUAAUAUAUACCUGCACUGUCUGUAGGACACAAAUGCCAGACCCUAAGACCUUCAAGCAGCACUUUGAGAGCAAGCAUCCUAAGACUCCACUUCCUCCAGAAUUGGCUGAUGUCCAGGCAUAAAGUUGUUUACAGGUGAAUUCAUGACACCUUUGACUCUUCUACUGUCUCAGACCUUAGGUAACAAACCUGCAGCUGCUUUUCUAACAAACUGUUGAUCAGCAAAAAUAAAGGGGCUACAGAAACACUCAUUUUUAUGCUGUUCCCUUUUGGGCUUCAUGCAAAGACAAUUCUGUGUAAAUGUACAGUUGACUCUAAUUUGGAAAUCUGAAAAUCAGUCCAUCCUUGUUAUAAAGAAAUUUUUUACAAUUGUAAUUAUAUUGAUGUUCAUAUUGUGUAAAAUAACUCGUUUAAUAAAGUAGUACUUUGAUUUUACAACAUCACA